AUGGGUACUUUGACAGAAGAGAGCGUUGGACAAUAUUUAAAAGAAAACCCUGGCUUCUUGGCGUCCUGGUUUGUUGACCACGCAGACGAUGAUACUCUUAAAAUACUAGCCAGGAAGCUCAAACAGGAUGCCAUCUCACUGAGAAACAGCAGAUCACCACUACCCCCAGAGAGCGGACUUUCAGCAGUCGAGGAAAGAGCGGAUUCGCCACGAUCUUCUUCUGAAGAUUCUUUGUCAACGGACCAGAGUGAAGUGAAAAAAAUUCAGAAUUAUACGACUUUCUCCAAAGUUGGCAGAAACUCAAUCACCAGCAUGAUAUUUCGAAAAUACCUCGACGGAGAUAGAACGCGACGGGCAAGUGUCAAGAAAGAUUUAGACGACCUUCGAAGGAUGUCUGAGGAGGAAUUAUUCAUGGAGCUCAUCAGAGACAUCGCUAGUGAGCUUGAUGUUACAGUUCUCUGCCACAAAAUUCUUCAGAAUGUAAGCAUCCUGACCAACAGUGACCGCGGCAGCAUGUUUCUGGUCCGGGGCAGCAAGGAGAACAAGUACCUGGUGUCCAAGCUGUUUGACGUGACUGAGUCCAGCACUUUGGAGCAGUCCAUACACACAGAGGCAAAUGAGAUUAUAGUUCCUUUCGGAGUUGGCAUCGCUGGCAACGUUGCCAAGUCCAGGGAAGCCAUUAAUAUCAACGAUGUGUAUGCAGAUCCGCGAUUUAAUCAAGAAGUGGAUAAAAAGACUGGAUACCGGACACACAGCAUCUUGUCCAUGCCAAUUCUCAACUACGAGGGAGAAGUCAUAGGUGUGGCACAGAUCAUCAACAAAGUUUCCGGAAAUCAUGAGUUUACUAAACAGGACGAGGAGUUGUUUCACAAGUAUCUCACUUUUUGUGGUAUUGGUAUUACAAAUGCUCAACUGUUCGAGAUGUCAGUCAACGAAUUCAAGCGAAAUCAGCUUUUACUCCAUCUGGCUCGGGGGAUCUUCGAGGAGCAGAGCAACCUGGAGAAACUAGUCCAGAAAAUUAUGCUUGACGCACAGGAUCUUUUAAAGUGUGAAAAGUGCUCUGUUUACCUGCUAGAGGAUUCGUUCGAAAGG